AUGAAUCAACAAACUAGUACCAAAGAAGGGAUGACAACAUCCUUCCCAGAUGAAAAAUGGAGACCUCAACAAGUUUACAUUCAACCUAAUUUAGGUUAUUUGAAAGACAAAUUAGGUAUUUUAAAUGUUUUCCAGACAAUAUUUUCCUUAGCAAGCCUGAUCUGUGUAAUAACAAGUGGAGUUUGGCACUCAGGGCAUGAUAGAGAUGAUAGGGAGCUGUGGUGGUGGCGCUAUAGACUGCUUAUUUUUGUGUCUGUUUUUGCUGCCCUGGUCUCAAUCAGCUCCAUAAUUUUUUUUAUCUCUAGUUUGAAUAAAGUUCUCAUCAUUGAUUGGUCUCUAUAUAACAUAGUUAUGUAUGCAUUCAUAAGCUUCAUAUAUUUGGUUGUUGGUUCAUUGGUCUUUGAUUCUAAUUUUGGAUUCCAUCACACGGCAGAGGGCAACCCACCUGCCGAAUGGUCACACAAGUAUAUGGCUUCAGCUGUUACAGCCAGUUUCAUAUGUGUUUUACUAUAUGGGGGUACAGCCAUCCUUGCAUACCGAGCUUUCAGAAGAGAGAAACAUUACCAAUCCAGCCAUCAACUGCAUCAGAGAUUUCAGCUGGUGGAAAAGAGAUCUAACACAACAUUUGUGGAAGGGACUUGA